AUGGCAGAGAAUACUGGACCUGGGGAGAGCCCACCAUCAAGCAGAGAACUGGCUCCCAAACUAGGACCGCAUCGGCGCUUAUCACCUUCGGCUCGGACUUCCAGUUCACUUGCUCGUCCGGCUCCUACUCCUCUUGCCACUGUCACCAACCAACCUCGUCCUGCUCCUCUUCUCCCCGCCAGAGGGACCGUCAGGUACAACGCCAGAGGUCUUCCAGUUGCCAACUCUCGUCGCAAUGCUCCCAUGUAUCGAGCACCGCUCAUAUCACCUCAGCUCACCAUGCAAUAUGACGAAAGUCGAAAGCUUAACCGCACAACAAAGCCCUGGGAGCCGACUUGGAUCAAGAUCGAGGGCAUACCAUCCGGCCGCCGCAACCCGAACGACAUUCACCGGGUCCUCUUCGAGUUCGGUCAUGUUUCUCUCAUUGACUGCCGUUCCGAUCACACAACCAGCGCUCUUCUAUUCUUCACUCGCGAUGCGUUUUUCAAGUCAACUAUGUUCUGCGGCCCACGCGAGCUUAGAGUCACAACCCGGCCUUACACACAUAGGGAGAUUCCAUAUCCAGCAGAUCCUACCAGGCAAAUCAGGAAAAGCACCAUCGUUCCAGUCGAGCAGAUCGAGUUUGGUGUUAUGACUGGUGAUCGUCAGAUGAUGACCAUGCAUACGGCCUCCAGCACAGAGCACCAUCCUGCCGUCCUAAUGCUUGACUUAGCUAACAGGCACAUUCUCGAAUUUCGCUUCUUUCUCACGACUGAGCCCGGAGCACCCUGGUACAGAGCCGAGUUCCGUCUCAGCUCCCCUCUCAAGAUUGUUCAAAUGCAACACGAGGAUGGUCAAAGGGAGAUAAUCAUCACUUCGCAGUUUCCUCCUGUAUGGUGGCAGACCGUAGGACGCGGUCUUCUCAAAGAGAUAUACCAAGACAAGCCCAACAAAGAUCUUCAAGAGUUUCGAGACUGGCCUAGAGGUUGGCGCCGCGUCACUGACAUAGAUCUGAACCCCGAAGAGCGUGAUCUCAAUCCAGUUUCUUUCGUGCCUCCCAGUCCGGUAGUCGAUACGGGUCGCUGGCUGACUUGGAGGCUCAAGUUUCCAGCCAGUGUAGACAAUUCUGCUUACCACACUAUCCUCGAGGUCCUGGAAGAUCAUAAUUCAGACAUCCAGAGCUGCGGUCCUGCUGACUUCGAAUCGAUAUCUCGAGAAGAUCCGGUCGUUUGGGCAUUGCUGGAUCCACAUCGUGCCUCUCACGAUUCCGAUCUCCAUGAGAUGCAAGACGAUAUGAUGCACCUCGAUCAAGACAUUCGCUACCAGCUCGAGGUGUGCAUUUCCAACAACAAUAUCAUCGAGUACACCUUGACCCAGCAGUUCCUGCUUGAGCUCAGUGCUUUGGACCGAGGCUUUGUGCGCGACAUCAACAAUCCUUCUACCAUUUCACUAGCCCUGAUCAUCCUCGAGAACGUCGCAGACUCAAACAGAACCUACUACAAUCCCAUGGACAUCUUUGCCACUUAUGAUCUUCGUCAUCCUCGCAAGCGUCGUGUGCCAAGGGGAUGUACUCUAAUGAGGACCGCCGUCAUCACACCCACCACUUUCUACGUCAAGACACCAUCCGUUGAAGUCUCAAAUCGGGUCAUCAGGGACAACUUUUUCGCCGCUGGCAAUUUCCUCCGCGUCAAGUUUGAGGAUGAAGAUCCGUCGGGAAGCCUCAGGCCCACUGCAAGGUACGAGAAUCAGCACGAGGUAUGGGCCCGUAUCGAACGUUGCUUGCGCCAUGGCAUUGACAUCGCUGGCCGUCAUUACGAUUGGCUUGCUUGUGGAAACUCCCAGUUCCGUGAAAGAGGCGCAUAUUUCUUUACACCUUAUAGCGAGGAAAAAACCGCGCGCAACAUCCGCAUGGCUCUUGGGGAUUUCUCGGCUAUCAAUGUCGUUGCAAAAUGCAUGGCUCGUAUUGGUCAAUGCUUCUCUACAACUAGAGCCUCUACCAACAUUGGCAAAGUCGAUAACACCAUGAUCAGAGAUGUCGAAAGGAAUGGCUACUGCUUCACUGAUGGUGUGGGUAAAGUCUCCCCUUUCGUUGCUCAGAUGGUCGCUAAUGAAUUGUACGCCGACCGUGGCCCUCACGAUUAUCCAUCCGCUUUUCAAUUUCGUAUGGGGGGCUUCAAGGGCAUCCUCGUAGUCGAUCCUGCUCUCAAGGGUAGAAAGGUUCUGCUCAGACCUAGUCAGCGCAAGUUCAAUGCGACAAGUGUUGGACUCGAGAUCAUCAAGCCUUCAAAGUUUCUAUCAUCCACUCUCAACCAGCAAAUCAUCCUUGUCCUCACCGGCCGUGGUGUCCCAAAGCAAGUGUUCAUCGACAAGAUGACCAAAGAGCUUGGUGACAUCAACAUGGCAAUGAAUGAUGAGAACAUGGCCUUGAAGAUGUUGCAGAAGAACGUCGAUUUCAACCAGAUUACUCUUACAAUUUCUGGAAUGAUUCUCGACGGCUUUAUGCACUCUGAUGAGCCAAUGUGCAAGAUUUUGCUUCAGCUUUGGCGUGCUUGGAGCUUGAAGUUUCUCAAGGAAAAGGCCAAGCUAUUUAUUGAGAAAGGUGCCUUCGUUCUUGGCUGCGUCGACGAGACAAACACGCUCAAGAUGGCUCCAAAACAACUUCCAGAGAUAUUCAUCCAAGUGCCAGCAGAGAAGGAAGGCCAAUGGAGGAUCGUACAAGGCAUUUGUCUCCUUGCACGCAAUCCGUCUCUACAUCCUGGUGACAUUCGUGUGGUCAAGGCUGUCGAUUGCAAGGCACUAAAGCAUCUCAAGAACAUCGUUGUUCUGCCGCAGCAAGGAGAAAGACCACUUGCCAACAUGUGCGCUGGCGGAGAUCUUGAUGGCGACGAUUAUCUGAUCAUGUGGGAUGAUGACUUGCUGCCUCCGAGAUCGAGAUGGCAAUGUGAGGCUAUGAACUACGACCCACCAACGCCAGUCACCUGUAUCGGUGCUGUGCAAGACGAGCAUUUCUUCAAGUUCUUUGUCGACUACAUCAAAUACGACAAUAUCGGUCCCAUCGCCACUAAUCAUCGUGCUAUUGCUGAUCGAGAGUCUGCGAACGGAGGAGUGGGACAUAAGGACUGUACCGAUCUUGCCCAGCUACAUUCACAAGCAGUGGACUUCAACAAGACCGGUGUACCGGCCCGAGUUCCGGAGAGCCUCUGGCCGAACAAGUUUCCUCAUUGGAUGGAAGCAAAGCCUAAGAACAAGCAUUACACCUCCAAGGAAGUUCUUGGUCUUCUUUACGACAUGGUGCAGCCCGAGAAGUUCACACCACAGCUCGAGAAGCCCUUUGAUCAGCGCAUCCUCCAUGCGUACGUCGUGACUGAAGCAAUGCUCUCAAAGGCUAGAGAGUUCAAAAUCGCAUACGACCAGCAAAUCCGUCGUGUCAUGGCCCAGCACAACAUCCAAACAGAGUUCGAGGUCUGGACAGCUUUCGUAAUGGACCACAAUCGCGAGAAGCAUUGGUACUCUCUGGCCGAAGACCUUGGCAACUUGAUGAGUGCCAUCAAAUCCGAUUUCCAAGCUCAAGUCAGAGAACAUCUUCAACUUGCCGACACUGGUUACAUGGGAGGUGAACAAGCAUUCGGCAUCCUCGGACCUUUCGUGGCUGCCAUGUAUACGGUCACCGAUCAGGAAGUGCGACAGUGGAAGGAGAAUAAGCAGGGGUCGAUAAACCGAGAUCUCAGCAAUGCUCCCCUCAUAACUUAUCCCUGGUUGUUCAGCAGAGAACUUGGCAAGAUAGCCACCAGCCAGUCAGGGCCAUCUCUCUUGAGCACAACCUUUGGUGGUGAGAUCAGACGCAGAACACCGGUCGUAAAGUCCAGCUACAAGGCCAACCUCGGCGGAUUGAAGCUGGAGCCUCUUGAAGAAUGGAGACCUGAGCACAGUGUGGAUGACCACGUGGGAACAGCCUUCGAUGUUGCUGAAAGUCCAAAGAAAGAAGUAGCAGUAGAGCAAAACACAUUGAAGGAAGAACUCUCGAACAGGAUGAGCAAUGGAGAAGGAGUGGUUCACACUGGAGAGGAGGCUACCCGAACUGAGGAGGGCACUCUCCAAACUGAGGAAGGUACUUUCCAAGCUGAGGAAGGAGCGAGCCAUACCGAUGAAGCAGCGAUGGAAGCACCUGAGAAUGCACUUGAUCGUUUGAUGGCCAUGCAUUUUUGA